CUUUUUUCUGGAUUACUGCCUAUUCUAUUCCUCAGCUUCGCCUUCCCAGCUCGUGUGUCCAAAGAAUUUAUUUAAUUUUUAGGAUAUUAAACUUUCAGAAACCUUCCCUUUUCUUUGCGCAUGCUUGUUCCUCUUCACAAUAUCAACAAAUCACCUUUACAAGUCGCGACGGUGCUUGCAUCCGGCACAGGUGCCGUCGUACCUUUCACGUUCUCCCAGUCUUCAUACUAAAUCGCCAAGAUGAAGUACGUUCUAGUGAGUGGUGGUGUUAUUAGUGGCAUUGGAAAAGGCAUAAUAGCAUCCUCUUCCGGGCUUCUGCUUAAGACUGCUGGACUUAAAGUGACGGCCAUCAAAAUUGAUCCUUACCUAAAUGUGGAUGCUGGCACAUUAGGACCUCUAGAACAUGGCGAAUGCUUUGUGCUGAAGGAUGGAGGUGAAUCCGACCUUGACCUUGGGAAUUAUGAGCGCUACCUAAAUCUCAAUCUUACCAAUGAGAACAACAUCACCACUGGCAAGAUUUAUAAGGCCGUGAUAGAACGUGAGCGUAAAGGUGACUACAUAGGUCGCACGGUUCAGGUCGUACCUCACAUUACAGAUGCUAUCCAGGAUUGGAUCCAAAGGGUAGCAAAGAUACCUGUCGACGACAGUGGUGAAGAACCAGAUGUCUGCAUCAUUGAGCUGGGUGGCACGGUCGGCGAUAUUGAGAGCAUGCCCUUCGUUGAGGCAUUGACUCAGUUCCGACAUAAAGUCGGAAAGGGAAACUUGGUCAACAUUCAUGUUUCCUACGUCCCCAUUAUUCAUGGGGAAGAGAAAACCAAGCCCACACAACACGCCAUUAAGCAGAUGAGAAGUGCCGGCUUGAUACCUGACCUGAUCGCAUGUCGUUGCGAGCGUGCCCUCGAUGAAGUUACAACCCAGAAGAUCGCACGAAGUUGCCAGGUCGAAAACGAACAGGUCCUCACGGUCCGGGAUAUUGAGACCAUUUACCAGGUACCACUACUCCUUGAGGAACAAGGACUACGUGAGCGUCUGAGGGAGGCAUUGAUGCUAGACCACCUUACGAUCGCACCUGCUCUGUCUCAAAAGGGUGCCAACUUAUGGCAGCUAUGGAAAAAGACCGUUGUUACGAAACCGUACCUAGAACCAGUCGACAUCGCCUUGGUUGGAAAGUACAUCGCACUUCCCGAUAGUUACCUCUCGGUGAUAAAAGCACUGGAGCACUCGGCUAUGCGAUGUAACCGCAAGUUGAAUUUGGCCUGGAUCGAUGCAGAGCAUCUCGAAGAGGCUACUUUACAGAGCGACCCCACUACGUACCACAAGGCAUGGUCGCAACUCACGGUUGCUUCUGGUUGUAUCUGCCCCGGUGGAUUCGGCGGUCGGGGUGUACUAGGAAUGGUCAAAGCCGCUAAGUGGGCUCGCGAGUGCAAGAUCCCCUAUUUGGGAAUAUGUCUUGGAAUGCAGGUCGCUGUCAUCGAGGCCGCGCAGAAUCUGUGUGGCUUCAAAAACGCCACAUCGGAAGAAUUCGAUGCUCAUGCCGAGCAUCGUGUCGUGAUCUUCAUGCCAGAAGGCUCGAAAGAAAUCAUGGGUGGUACAAUGCGACUCGGUACGAAGACCUCCCAUUUCCAACCCGGAAGCGAGUGGAGCAAGAUCCGGGCUUUAUAUGGAGACGGGGAGGGUAUGGAAGAGCGACACCGACAUCGUUAUGAAGUUAAUCCCGAUUAUAUCGAAGCGCUCGAGAAAGUUGGGUUAAACUUCAUCGGAAAGGACGAAUCGGGAAAACGUAUGGAGGUGGUUGAGUUGAAGGAUCACCCCUUCUUCGUCGGUGUACAGGCCCACCCCGAGUUUACCUCGCGUGUUCUCGCCCCCUCGCCAACAUACCUCGGAUUUGUCGCCGCUACGACGGGAUGCCUUGAUGAGGUUAUUAAGGAGAUACGACAGCAGAGGGAUACCGGCGCGCUUGUCAACGGAGUGGACGAGGCCGCUCAUUUCUAAAAGGCCAUUUUAUAUUGAAUGCAAGCGGAUACUUGCCUUAGAGGAUGACAGCUCGCGUGGGAAUUGAGCUGAGAUGGGAUUAAGGGACAGCUUUUUCUCUUAGGGGUAUACUAAAAUGAGCAGUCAUACGGUUAUCUGCUUUCUGGCUAUGGAGUUAGAGUGGAUAAUGAAUCAAAAAUUUCCCCAAACCAGCAUUGAUACGAUACCCCUUUUCACAAGCAUUCGACUCUCAGUCUACUCUAAUAUCUUUCACCACCCGAUUAUACAGGCUGGGUGACGGGGCCGGGACUGCAUACGGGGGUCUACGACUCCGUCGUGAAUGGAAAUCCCAUCUGGAAUUUAUGGAAUAUAUAGAAUUAGAUAAAUAAAAUAAAAAUACGAAAGAAAUCAUACAAUAAGAA